AUGAAAGGCCUUCUGCUGAUCACCUUGUCUUCUCUGCUCUGCUGGGUCUCAGCUGACAUUCGCUGUCACUCCUGCUACAAGGUCCCUUUGCUGGGCUGUGUGGACCGGCAGUCCUGCCACCUGGAACCAGGACAGCAAUGCCUGACAACAAAUGUGUACCUCGGGAAGGUGUGGGUUUUCUCCAACCUACGCUGUGGCACACCAGAAGAGCCCUGUCGGGAGGCCUUCAACCAAACCAACCACAAGCUAGGCCUGACCUAUAACACCACCUGCUGCAACAAGGACAACUGCAAUAACCCAGCCCCUCGGCCCACCCCAGCCCUGGCCCUUGUCCUCCUUACCUCCUUGGCUGGCCUUGGCCUCUGGCUGUUGCACUGA